AUGCCUACAUCAGUGAACACAAGAAAUAAUAGUAAUAGUAAUAGUAAUAAUGCAAUUAGUAAUAAUAACAUACCAAAUAAUAGGAAAAAGUUAUUAUUAAUGGGACGAUCAGGAUCAGGGAAAUCCUCAAUGAGAUCAAUAAUAUUUAGUAAUUAUUCUGCAUUUGAUACAAGAAGACUUGGUGCGACCAUUGAUGUAGAACAUUCUCAUUUAAGAUUCUUAGGAAACAUGACUUUAAAUCUUUGGGAUUGUGGUGGUCAAGAUGUAUUUAUGGAAAAUUAUUUCGGUAAACAAAAGGAUCAUAUUUUCCAAAUGGUUCAAGUAUUAAUUCAUGUUUUUGAUGUGGAAUCACAAGAUGUUUUGAAAGAUAUUGAAAUUUUCCAAAAGGCUUUAAAACAAUUAAAGAAAUAUUCUCCCGAUGCCAAAAUUUUUGUCUUAUUACAUAAGAUGGAUUUAGUUCAAUUAGAUAAGAGAAAUGAUUUAUUUCAAAUUAUGAUGGAAAAAUUAAAUGAAACUUCUAUAUCGUAUGGAUUUAAUAAUGUGAUUGGAUUCCCCACUUCUAUUUGGGAUGAAAGUUUAUAUAAGGCAUGGUCACAAAUUGUUUGUUCAUUAAUACCAAAUAUGUCCAUUUAUCAAAAUAAUUUGAAGAAUUUACAAAAAAUUUUAAAUGCUUAUGAAAUUAUAUUAUUUGAAAGAACUACAUUUUUAGUCAUUUCAUCAUCUAAUAAUAACAAUAAUAACAAUAACAUACUUGGUAAUAGCACAAAUAAUAAUAAUAAUAAUAAUAGUAAUAAUGAUAAUUCGAAUAAUAGUAUAUUAUUAGAUCCAAAAAGAUUUGAAAAGAUUUCUAAUAUAAUGAAGAAUUUUAAACAAAGUUGUACAAAAUUAAAAGUGAAUUUAAAACUUUAA